AUGACCUCAACGCCAUCACCUCACACCGCCACAACGCUUUCUGUGUCUCUGGAGAGUCUCGCCAGCUCGACCAUUCAUCUGGUCAACCAUCCUACCAGCAGCUCGACCAUUCAUCUGGUCAACCAUCCUACCAGCAGCUCUUCAUCUGGUCAGCAGCUCGACCAUCCAACCAUCCUACCAGCAGCUCACCAUUCCAUCCUACCAGCAGCUGAGGCCAACCAUCCUACCAGCAGCUUAACCUUCAUCUGGUCAACAUCCUAUCCACAUCCGGUCAGCAGCUCGACCAUUCAUCUGGUCAACCAUCUACCAGCAGUUAACCAUUCAUCUGUCAACCAUUACACAGCUGAACCAUUCAAAACCAUCCUACAGCAGCUUAAACCAUUCAUCUGGUCAACCCAUCCUACGCAGCAGCUUGACCAUUCAUCUGGUCAACCAUCCUACCAGCAGCUUACCAUUUCAUCUGGUCAACCAUCCUACCAGCAGCUUAACCAUUCAUCUGGUCAACCAUCCUACCAGCAGCUAAACCAUUCAUCUGGUCAACCAUCCUACCAGCAAGCUUACCAUUCAUCUGGUCAACCAUCCUACCAGCAGCUCGACCAUUCAUCUGGUCAACCAUCCUACCAGCAAUUUAACCAUUCAUCUGGUCAACCAUCCUACCAGCAGCUUGACCAUUCAUCCGGUCAACCAUCCUACCAGCAGCUUGAUCAUUCAUCUGGUCAACCAUCCUACCAGCAGCUUAACCAUUCAUCUGGUCAACCAUCCUACCAGCAGCUUGACCAUUCAUCCGGUCAACCAUCCUACCAGCAGCCAUUCAUCUGGUCAACCAUCCUACCGCAUUUGGUCAACCAUCCUACACAGCUCGACCAGCAUCUACCAGCCCAUUCAUCUGGUCAACCAUCCCUACCAGCAGCUGACCAUUCAUCCGGUCAACCAUCCUACCAGCAGCUCGACCAUUCAUCUGGUCAACCAUCCUACCAGCAGCUCGACCAUUCAUCUGGUCAACCAUCCUACCAGCAAUUAACCAUUCAUCUGGUCAAACCAUCCACCAGCAACCAUUCAUCUAGUCAACCAUCCUACCAGCAGCUGAACCAUUCAUCUGGUCAACCAUCCUACCAGCAAUUUAACCAUUCAUCUGGUCAACCAUCCUACCAGCAGCUCGACCAUUCAUCUGGUCAACCAUCCUACCAGCAGCUCGACCAUUCAUCUGGUCAACCAUCCUACCAGCAGUUACCAUUCAUCUCAAUCCUACGCAGCUCGACCAUUCAUCUGGUCAACCAUCCUACAGCAGCUCGACCAUCAUCUGGCAGCUUAACCAUUCAUCUGGUCAACCAUCCUACCAGCAGCUCCAUUUCAUCUGUCAACCAUCCUACCAGCAGCUCUACCAUUCAUCUGGUCAACCAUCCUACCAGCAGCGACCUUCCGUCAACCAUCCUACAGCAGCUGAACCAUCAUCUGGUCAACCAUCCUACCAGCAGCUCCACAUCUGGUCAACCAUCCUACCAGCAGCUUAACCAUUCAUCUGGUCAACCAUCCUACCAGCAGCUUAACCAUUCAUCUGGUCAACCAUCCUACCAGCAGCUCUACCAUUCAUCUGGUCAACCAUCCUACCAGCAGCUCAUUCAUCUGCAGCUCGACCAUCCAUCUGGUCAACCAUCCUACCCAGCAGCUCAACCAUUCAUCUGGUCACCAUCCUACCGGCAGCUCCAUCAUCUGGUCAACCAUCCUACAGCAGCUGACCAUUCAUCUGGUCAACCAUCCUACCAGCAUCAACCAUUCAUCUGGUCAACCAUCCUACCAGCAGCUAACCAUUCAAACCAUCCACCAGUGCCAACCAUCCUACCACAGCUCCAUUCAUCUGGUCAACCAUCCUACCAGCAGCUAACCAUUCAUCUGGUCAAACCAUGCAACCUCAUCUGGUCAACCAUUCCUACCAGCAAUUUAACCAUUCAGCUGGUCAACCAUCCUACCAGCAGCUCGACCAUUCAUCUGGUCAACCAUCCUACCAGCAGCUUAACCAUUCAUCUGCACCAUUCAUCUGCAACCAUCACCAGCACUCUACCAUUCAUCUGGUCAACCAUCCUACCCGCAAUUUAA